UUGAAACGAUAUGAAAGAUGAGUGAGAAGACACGAAGUUCAGGAUGGUUAUCGCAAGCGAUCGCACUCGUGCUGCUAGCGAUGCCCCAUUUCAUCAGUGCCAGAAUAGACAACGUAGUGGUUGUGAUGCCCAAAGGACCAAGAACACUGCAGAUGCUUGGAUCCAUAAGUCCGCAGUUGCUGCAUACGAUAAGUGAUGUCCUGAAGCCUGUCCCUCCCAACGUGGUUCAGGUUCCGGUUCCUUACUACCCGGACCAAGGAAAUACUCCCUCGAUCCAACAUCAAAAGCAAUAUACAAAUGCGCUCAACAGUGCGUACUUCACUAGUCCAUUCGCACACCAUGUCACGCCUUCGACAAUUAGCACAGCGACCUCGUACACCCCAUUUGCUCACAACACAUCUCCCAACAGUGUACCAUAUCCAUUCAGCUUUGACCCCCAUAGCAUCCAACCCGGUCCAUACGAUACUCCAUUCAUGCCCAAACUCAAGCCUAGUCCAGUCAACCCAUUGCACAUCGAAAAUCCCCCAGAAAUCAGAUUCACCCCCAUCAAUCUACUCCCACCAGCUCCACCAUCCUUUGACACUAUCCGUAACUAUGUUCAGAAGCUGAAGGCCAAACAGAAGGAAUUCUUCGAUACUCAAGGCUACGAGUAUGGCCUGUUCACGCAACCCAAUACCAAACCGACCAGCUAUCACAGACCCGUAGAGCAAAAAAAGAAAUACAAGCACAAGUACAAGCAUCACUACGAGGCUUUGUUCUCGCAGCAUCCAAACGAACUGUCCUACAUCGGAGACGCCAAUUUGGAACCCCAAGAGGAGGAUAACGUGUACUACACGGAGCCGGAUGCUGGCAACAGCAACAAAUACUACUACACCAACACAGAGGGCCACGAAUUUGUACUGCCACCGGAAAACGAGUUCAGGCCAGUUCCACUGGGCGGAAUCCUAGAUCCGGACGAUGCUCAUUUCAUUGAGCACGGAGAUGAGCUUCUGUUGAAAACGAAACAUCCCGAUGCGGCGAUCGUAACCCCCAACCAGCUGGAUGCGUUCAUCGAGUUUGAAAACCAGCUUGGGUUGCAUCCCAAGUACACGGAGAAGAGAUUUUCAGGUAUCAGAAGGCCAGUCAGAAUUUACCAUCGCAAUAAGCGGUUGAAGAAGAACGACCGAGUGGGACGGGCUAGUGGCGAUGAGGACGAUGAUGCGGACUUUUACGAUUCCGACGAGGAAAAGAAGAUCGGUGAAUUGGAUUUUGAGGAUGUCGAGGAUGAGAUCCGAACGCACGAGAAUUUCGAACCGAAGAAGACUUAUACGCAGGUGAGGCAUCUGGAAACGACAGUGAAGAAGUCGAAACCAGAGAACGAACCAAAGAUCAAGGAGAAGGUUACCAUUUCCAAGACGAACAUCGUCUAUUCGGAGAGGGGGGAGCAGGAAACGCACUUCGACCAUGGAGCGGAAGAGUCAUUUGGUGAGUUCCAGUCAAAAUCCAAGCUGCCGAAAAAGCAUAGAGGUAAGCGUGAUGUUAGCUCUGCAUCGUUUGAGGAACAGGACGAAGGGGAUGAAGACGAUGGAACGGCGGACUCUGACGAUGAUAAUAGCAGCCGGGAGAAUGAUAUCGAGUUUGAGUUUUAUCCGGAGCAUGAAUAUCAUGAGGAUAUCAAUGAUACCGAUAAGAUUUAUAUGCCGUACGCUCAGGCACUGGUAUUCCAAAACGAUACGGAUAUGUUUGUGUUGCCCAUUCCAGAAGCAUUGGUAGAUCCACGAAAAUUAAUGGGCGAAGAUCUGUUGAACUUUUUGGAUGAGGCCAUAAAGAAUUCGACAGAGUUCUUACCCCCGGAAAAAGAGAAAACUGUCAAGAUCAGCCCAGAGAUACAAAGCCUUCAAGGCCAGGAGUUGAUCCAGUUUUUGGAUGAAGCAAUUAAAACGUCCAACCAGUACCUGUUGAACGGGCCUGGAGAUGCGAUUGAGCUGGUGAAUCCUCCACGGCUUGGCGGUGUAGAUGAUGUAAAAGAGCAGGCAGCACCUCUCAGAGCGGAUCACGUAAUCGAAUUUGAAAUGGAACCACCUAGGCCUGAGGAUGUUCAUAGCGAGGUCUUGAAGUUUACUCAGCAGCACGUGCUACCAGAUGCUCCCGAAUACGAGGUGGUCAAUUUCGUGCAGCCAUUCAAAACGUUGCUCAGACUGCAGAAGGGCGCUGCCGAUGACUACGAGAUCGAGUUCGAUGCUCAGGAUCCUAGGCAGUUGCAUGGUGAAGAUUUGAUAAGGUUUUUGGAUGAGGCUAUUGGUAAUACAUCGCUCUAUAUUCCUGAAGAGUAUAACGAUCCCCAUAAACCCACGCCGUACCUGAGGAGAGCGUUCCACUAUGUGGAUGUGGAUACAGCCUUAGGAUUGGCUGAUAACAUUUCUACGGAGGUGACGGAUUAUCUAAAGGAUCGGAUUGUACCGCAACCAGUUGAGUUAGAAUCAGAUGAUGGAAGUGAGUUUGCUCCGGUCCGCAGAACGUCUGAUGGUAACGGGGAUCCCGGCAAUUACAACGACGUAUCCGGCAGGGGCAAAGACAAACAAUCCAAUCCAGAGGUAGCGGUCUAUAACGAUGUGAUCAGGCACAUCAAGAAUCACAUGUCCGCCAGUAAGUCAUCCAAGUCCAAAAACGGAAACGUGUUCAUGAUUGCAGUUCCCAGAAGUAUGCGAGCGAACAAAACUCGGAAUGUUGAGAGGAGACAAGAUGGCGCGUUUGAUAGUUUACGGUUAGCAACCGUGUACCCGUUACCAAUUUUCGAUAUCAACCAGUUUUAUCCUACUGUUUUCUCGGGAAAUUCGGGUGGUGGAUCGUUUGAGAUAGAGGACAAUAAGAAGGACGAGUUCCAGCAAGCAUUAGAGCAUGAAGCAGAACGUCUAGUCGAGAAACAGAGCAGUAAACCGCCCUCUAAAGAUCAAGCUCCGCACGAGCAACGGCUCUCGACAAAGUCCCAUUUCCGAAAUGGUAUCCCAGAAGCAUUUCACCGGGAUCGAAGCCGCUAUCGGGGACCUCGUCCUGGGCCGCAGCAGUUCCCGCACAAUUCCUACGCUGUGAAGGAAAAGAUCCGUGAUUACCCUCAGCCGACGUUCAAGAAACCAGGCCCACCGUACGAGGCCAUUCCCUUGCCACCGAGUAACCCAAAAACGAAGCUUUCUUCCCUGAAUGCAGCCAGUAAUCAGCGAGCUGUGCGGAAACCGCCUCCGCCCCAAUUCUCGUCUGUGAAAAAGCGGAAACGAACACACCACCGUCCGUACAAGAAGCUGAAAAGGGUCCCAAGUGGGGUCCGGACCAAAAUUCGCAUCAUCAAGCGUUGAAGCCUCCCGUGUUGACGUAUGCCGCGGUCAGCGCGGAGGCUUUCUCCUGUCGAAAAAGUGUAGAAUUAGUAGAGUCAUCUCGGGCUCUCGUGCCGCCAAUGACGUCGUCGUCCCUCCCAUAGAUAGUGUAUCAUUAUUAAUUGCCUUCGCGACCAGCCCCGAAGCUGCAGCUCGCCGCCCCGUAGGUACCUAGUUGUUGUUUUACCUUGCGUUUGAGCUGGCCGCCUGCACGGCGGGGAAUGGCGGCCAUAUGCCGUUCAUCGCAAUCGGGGGGUCCCAAUGAGAGAAAUGCAACCCCAUUUGGCACCGUGCACGCCGGAACACAGAAACAAACUCGCACCCACCCAGUCCCCUCAAUUAGAGAUUUAAGCCAACCGUCCGCCCCCGCUCGCUCGCCAGCAUGUGCGCGCAAACGUAUUUAUUUUUCCCAUAAGAUUUAGGCUUGCAGGUCGAAGACUUCAUAUGGCAAGAGUGUUGCUGUGAUAUAAACAGGACUGGGCAGAAGCAUUUUGUGGAGCUCGAGACCUGAAUUUUGAAAUCGAACCCGGUAAACGAAAUACUGGACUAAUUUGCAUGAAAUUUUCCCCAAAAAGACCUUAAGGUUGAAGGAUUCGUCAUUGAUAUCACCGUCAUCAUUGAAAUUUGG